UUCUUUUUUUUCUUUUUCUUCUUUUUCUUCUUUUUUUUUUUUCGAUGCAGACGAGGCUGGCGCUGGCGCUCGUCGCGCUGCUCUGUCUCUGCAGCACCGUGUCGCUGGCAGUCGACCGCAACAACUUUAAGAAAUGCGAUCAGUCCUCGUUCUGCGCACGCAAUCGCAACUUGGAGCCGGGCAACUCGCACUUUACCGUCGUUUCGAGCUCGGUCGCGUUCAAGGACGGCCAGCUGACGGCAGACAUCCUCAACACCCGCGACAACGUCGUCCUGACGCUGCAGGUGUCUGGCAUUGCAAACUCCAUCUUCCGCGUCAAGGUCAACGAGAAGGCGCCCCGCAAGCCCCGCUACGAGGUCAAGGACGUCCUGCUCGAGCUUCGCGAGACCCCCUUGGAGCAGGAUGCUGCUGCAGCCCAGGGCGCGAACGUGAUUACCAUCCGUCAAGGCAAGCACGCUGCAGUCCUGACGUUGGCCCCGUUCCGUCUUGAUGUCGUGACUGACGAUCGUGUCAUUGUGACCCUGAACGGCCGCGGAUUGAUGAACUUUGAGCAUUUGCGUGACCGCACUGAAAACGAACAGGCCGGUGCCUGGGAGGAAACCUUCAAGACGUGGACAGACUCCAAGCCGAACGGCCCCGAGUCGAUUGGUCUUGACAUUUCCUUCCCCGGCGUCAAGCAUGUGUUUGGCAUUCCCGAGCACGCUUCGCCCACGGCGCUCAAGCCCACCAAGGGCGACGGCAUCUCGUCGGACCCCUAUCGCCUGUUCAAUCUCGACGUGUUCGAGUACGAGCUGGACAACCCGAUGGCGCUGUACGGAAGCAUCCCGUUUAUGGUGGCCCAUGCCGCUACACACUCGACUGGUGUCUUUUGGAUGAAUGCCGCAGAGACGUGGAUUGACGUCAGCAACGCCCAGGGCCCUGUCGGCCAGGACGCGACUGGCACGCUCGGCCGUCUCGCCAACCUCGUCAAGUCUGGCCUCAAGUCGGACUCGAGCGAGCCCCGCGUGGACACGCAUUGGAUUUCGGAAGCCGGCAUCAUUGACUUGUUCAUCCUGACUGGACCCCGCGUCCCGUCCAUCUUCCGUCAGUACUCGCAGCUGACGGGCGUGCCCGCGCUCCCGCCAAUGUUCUCGAUUGCCUACCACCAAUGCCGCUGGAACUACAACGACGAGGAUGACGUGGCGAACGUGGAUGCCGGCUUUGAUGCCAACGACAUUCCGUACGACGUGCUCUGGCUCGACAUUGAGCACACGGACGGCAAAAAGUACCUGACCUGGGACGCGAAAAAGUUCCCCGACUCCAAGCGCAUGCAAGAUCGCCUUGCCAGCAAGGGCCACAAGAUGGUCACCAUCGUUGAUCCGCACAUCAAGCGCGAGGCAAACUACUGGGUGCACUCGGAAGCUGAGGAACAGGGCCUGUACGUCAAGAAGGCCGACGGCACGUCCGACUACGAGGGCUGGUGCUGGCCCGGCUCGUCGUCCUGGAUUGACUUUUUGCGCCCCUCCAACCGCAACUGGUGGUCUGACCUGUUCUCCGAGGACAGGUACGUUGGCUCCACCAAAAACCUCUUCAUCUGGAACGACAUGAACGAGCCCUCCGUGUUCAACGGACCCGAAAUUACCAUCACCAAGGACGCCAUCCACCACGGCGGCUGGGAAAACCGUCAUGUCCACAACCAGUAUGGCUUUUACCAGCAAAUGGCCACGGCGGACGGUUUGUCGCGUCGCACUGGCUACACUGAGCGUCCGUUCGUCCUGACGCGCGCCUUCUUUGCCGGCUCCCAACGCUAUGGCGCGAUUUGGACUGGCGACAACACUGCCACCUGGGACCAUCUCAUCUACUCGACCAAGAUGCUCCUGACCAUGAAUCUUGCCGGUCUGCCGUUUGCUGGCGCGGAUGUCGGUGGCUUCUUUGGAAACCCCGACGCGGAGCUUCUUACCCGUUGGUACCAAGUGGGCGCGUUCCAGCCCUUCUUCCGCGGACACGCUCACAUUGACACCAAGCGCCGUGAGCCUUGGCUGUUCGGCGAGGCCGUCAUGACCAACAUUCGCACUGCCAUCCGCGCCCGCUAUUCGUUCCUGCCGUACUGGUACACGCUGUUCCACAACGCUGCCGUGAAGGGCAUGCCCAUCAUGCGGCCACUAUGGAUGGAAUACCCCUCGGACGAGAGCACGUUUGCCAUGGACGAUCAGUUCCUGGUCGGCCGUGACAUCCUCGUCAAGCCCGUCACCAGCGCCGGCGCCACAACCGUCAACGUGUACUUCCCUGGCGAUCAGCCGUGGUACAACGUGGAGACCGGCACCCGUCACAGUGCCCCUGCCACCCAGACCAUUCCGGCCCCGCUCGAACGGCUGCCCGUCUUCCAACGCGGUGGCUCCAUUGUGCCGCGCAAGAUGCGUGUUCGCCGCAGCACUGCUUUGAUGACCGCUGAUCCCUUCACCCUCUACGUUGCCCUGGAUCAAUCGAAAUCGGCGUCGGGCACCCUGUACUUGGACGACGGCCACUCGUUCUCCUACACGGAAGGUGCCUACCUCUUCCGUCAGUUCACGUUCGCCAACCAGGUGCUCACUUCGACGGCCGGUGUCACUGGCGGCGUUGCCUCCAGGCCCGACCUGCACAAGACCUCCGAGUGGGUCGAGCGUGUUGUUGUCUACGGCUACCGAAGCCAACCGACCUCCGUCACAUUCCAGGAAGGCAAGGAAGCGCCCCGCAGCCUCAACUUUGUGUUUGACGCUGCUCUGUCGCAACUCACCAUCAAGAAGCCCGGUGUCAACAUUGCCCAUGACUGGACAAUCACCAUUGCAUGAGCGUGCUGUGGCGUUUUGAGUCUUUUGUUAUUUUUUUGGUGUUGUUGUUGUUGUUGUUGUUGGCGUCGUUGGCGUCAUCGUCGUCUCUGCUGCUUUGUUUCUGUUACCCAAAUCCCACAAUGAAAUGUUGUGCCUACAUACAAUGGAAAUACAAAGAGGUCAAGAACGUG